AUUACAACAUUAACUGUGACUGCUUGCUGUGGUAUAAAUAAGGAGACGAAAAGUCAGUUCACAUAAGAAGAUGGUCUACUUUGCAUACAACCAGAUAGCCUUUGUCACUCUGUUGGCAUUUGCAGCCGUAAACGCAGUUCAACCGUUGAAUUACCAGUUGUUGAUAAUGUUUAUUUCCGCUGUUGAUGAAAAUAUACGCGGAUUCAAACCGAUCGUGGAUGGUGCAGAACAGGCAGUACAAAAUCUUACGGACAAGAUUCUCAUUCAAAAUGCAAGCCUACGAGGAGAAAUAGAAACAUAUGUGAACUGCCUGAAAACUGCAAACAAAUACAUUUGGGGAGAAAUCGCGUUGAACAAAAUCGCAGACCGUGUCUCCAGAGAAAAAAACUUAAGAGCCCAGGAAAUUUUGAAGUGUUGCCGACAAGAAGCCUUAGAAUAUUCUAAUCUUAAUCAACUGAAUCUGCUGACCCGAACACUAUACGAUCACAAGCACUGGGUUGCCAUGCAAGUUUGUGAGUCAAUUUCUCUGUAUGAAUUUACUUCACAAUUGCAAAUUUCUAUACGAAAGCGGUGUAAACGUUGUGAUUUGGUUUCGAAAAUAGUCAGUGCCUGCCUAAUGUUAGUUAUCAGACAAGCGCAGUGAUGAACAACAAACCAUUUCACUGUGUAAUGCAAAUAUUUCUCAACCUGUUUUAUCAUUUCUAGUUUACAAGAAAAUAUUAGAAACAAAUCUGUAACAGUUGACAGCAUACGAAGGUCUGUUAUCGGUGUAGUGACUCUAAUAUGAAGCGUACGAAAUGUGAGACAGUGUUGAGGAUGAUGAAUGGGCAAAGUACAUUACAGGAUACAGAUAUUCAACGCAACAGUUCGAGAAUAAUUUCACCGCCGAAUAUUCGACGAUAUUUCGGCUGAAAUACUGUUUAAUGAAUGUGUGGUUCAAAUGACAGCUUUGAAUACUCCUGUUAAAUCGAAUGGUGAAAGCGUUAUGAGUGUCGUUUUAGGUUACAGUGAGGACAUCCAUCAAAGAAUAAUAUCGUAGAGGAUCUAAAUAGAUGGUAUGGUGAAUGUAUGAGAAUGCAUAUGCGCACUUCAAAAAUGUCACUGAGGCUGUGCAAGCAAGCUAGUGAAAUUCAUGCGACCCGUAGUGAAUUAUUGAAAUGUAUCAACUCGAAUACCCCGAAAAAUCGUGGAUAUGGCAAUCAUCACUCACUGAAAAUAUUCAGAAUCCUCGGAUUCUAUGAACAAGCACACAGUUCACCGACAAUCAUCCUCCUUCUCACUAUUAGUCCGUCUGUAUUAUUUCACCACAAAUAUUUCAUACAAUAAUAUUGCUGACUGAUUUUAUUCUCCUACAGGAAACUGAAGACAAACACCAGGAUGAAUGUCAAAGUCUGAAUACAUGUAGAUUGUAGAAUCUUUCGUAAAUAUUUCCUUUUUAAUUAAAUUAAAUAAAUAAAUCACUUUUCUGC